UAUCUUAAUUAAAUUUUAAAUUAUUUUCCACUUUAUUUUUUGUCCUUCACCUUUUUCCUGCAAAAACCCUAAUUUCACCAACUCCUCAAGUAAAAGAAAAAAAUUACCAGUACAUAUUUUCUUUCCAUUUACAUAAAAUUAGUUUCUUCUUUUAAAGCUCUGUACUUUUUCUGCAGUAAUAGCAGAGUAUGUGUCACAGUUCAGAAUAUCAGUUAGUCAUUGGAUUUUCCACUGCACAAGUUUGACAUGGUCAGAUGAUCUUUCCUUAGACACAACUAAUUCUAGCAUUUGCAGAUUUGCUCAGCUUGUACUUUUCUUGGUACUUUGCUUGUUAUACAUAGCAUUUGGAAAAGACUGUAUUUUUAUGCUCUUGUUACUCUUGAGUUUUUGAGUUCUUGAAAAUUAGGAGUUUGAGGGGUUUUGAUUAUUUAAGUAUUGUGUAUAUGAAUGGAGGAGAAAGAAGGAGUUAAUAGUUUUGGGGUUACAGUAAAAGGUGAUGAAGCUUCUGAAAGCUACAGAGUUGCUCCAAGGAUUGAAAGUAAUAAUAAUGAGUUUAUUAUUAGUGGAUCCUUUGUAGCAGCAACACCAGUGAGUGUAACAGAAGAGACUAAGAAGAGGAGGGGAAGACCUAGGAAGUAUGGACCAGAUGGUAAAGUAGCAGCUGUGGCAUUGUCACCAAUGCCAAUAUCAGCUUCAAUUCCUCUUACCGCAGAUUUUUCACCUUGGAAAAAUAGCACAAGUCGCCCCGUUGAUUCAAUCAAGAAGAAGAACAAGUUUGAGGUCGAAACUCCAGGAGAGAGGAUGGCAUACCCAGUCGGCGCAAAUUUUACACCCCAUGUGAUCACUGUUAAUGCUGGUGAGGAUGUCAACAUGAAAAUAAUUUCAUUUGCUCAACAAGGAUCUAGAGCUAUUUGCGUGCUAGCUGCCAAUGGUGCAAUUUCAAAUGUUACACUUGGUCAGCCUAAUUCUUCUGGCGGUACCUUGACCUAUGAGGGUCGUUUUGAAAUUCUGUCUCUGACAGGAUCAUUUAUGCCUAGUGAUAAUGGAGUAACAAAGAGCAGAUCUGGUGGGAUGAGCGUCUCUCUUUCAGGCCCUGAUGGUCGGGUUAUGGGAGGAGGACUUGCAGGCAUGUUGCUAGCUGCUGGUCCCGUUCAGGUAGUGGUCGGUAGCUUUAUACCUGGUCAUCAGCUGGAGCAGAAGCCAAAGAAGCAGAGAGUCGAGCAUGCUGCUUUUGCCGCUAUUCCUGCCCCUCCCAUUUCAGAAAUACGAACUGGCGGAGCUUACUCUGGGCCAAGUCCCAACAUUGCUGCUUCUAUUUCUUUUCCCGGGGAUAACGCGAAUUCUAUAUACAGCUCAAGAAUCUCAACGUCACAAAGUAACAUUUCUUUGCCGGGGGAGGAAUCUAAAGAGCAGAACCCAUCAUCCUGAUUGAACUGGAUGUUGUAUUGUUGUAACCUUAUUGUUAAUUGUUAAUUGACUUUGAUAGGUGCAGUAGGGCAUAAUUUGUGUUAGUUUAACCUAGGACAUCACUCUUCUUAUAGGUGUCAUAAGAUAGGAAUUUUCUUCCAGUAGGAGCUUGUUAUCCCUUGUCACUGUUUUUCUGAUUGACUUGAUGUUGAUGCACCAAGUCAUUGUAUGAAAUUGCAGAAUGUCAUUCUGACAUUUGAUUACUCGAAGCUACUAAGGUUGUUUCUUUCCUUGUCA